CUGUAUGGCUUUAGACAGAAAUUUCUCGCCACUGCGGUCUGCUAUGGCUUCACGUUCGAUGAACCGGAGAUGGAAGGAAACAGGGAUUUUGACCUUUUGAUUUCUGAGGUUUUAAAGGUGGGAGACACAAUUUUUUUCUUUACCAAUUUCUCCCACUUCUACUCAGAUGGCGACCUAUUUGGUUGGUCUGCUAUGGCGCCACAUUCGGUGAACGUGCAGCAUGAUGACAGAGAUGAAGGGCUUGGAUUUAGAUUUUGGGUCUCCUUCCGGUUCGACUUUGGGAGAGAGAAGCUGAAAUACAGGGUUUUCAUUUAUCAACCUUCUUUUUUCAUUUUUUUUUUCCUUUUUUAUAUUUCUUAUGCCAUGUCAGAUUUUUCAAAUGCCUGUUUUCUACCCUGUAUUUCAGCCUGUCCGUGUAGCCCCAUUGAUUGAAAGAUAGACUUUGUAGAGAAAAAUGGCACAAGCACUCUAUAUUGAUGCGCCUAAACUCGGUGAAAGUCGCGUGUGUAUAUUAAACGCGACUAUAGUUCAAAAAACAAACGUUGGAUGGCAGGGGUGGUGUGGGCUUUAUAAAGGCGGGAAAAUAAAAUACCCUUCUUCUCCUUCAUUUUCUCUCUCUCUCCCCAGAAGGCUUGAGCACGCAGAGAUACUGAGAAAAUGGAGAGAAUACACGUUUCUGUCAGAGCGAGGCCACUCUCUUCGGAGGACGCAAAGGCAAGUCCAUGGUGCAUUUCUGGAAAUUCCAUUUUCAUCCCUAAUCAGCCUUCCAAAUUCGAUUUUGAUCGGAUUUUUGAGGAGGAAUGUAGAACAGCUGAUGUAUACAAAUCUCGAACCAGAGAUAUAGUUGCUGCGGCAGUUCGUGGCUUUAAUGGGACUGUUUUUGCAUAUGGACAAACAAGUAGUGGCAAAACGCACACAAUGCGAGGUUCAGCAUCAGAGCCUGGAGUUAUUCCACUUGCUGUGUAUGAUCUCUUUAACAUUAUACACGAGGAAAUGGAUCGGGAGUUUCUUUUACGCAUGUCUUACAUGGAGAUCUACAAUGAGGAGAUAAAUGAUUUGUUAGCUCCUGAGCAUCGGAAAUUGCAAAUUCAUGAAAGUAUCGAUCGAGGGAUUUUUGUUGCCGGUUUAAGAGAAGAAAUUGUGGCGUCUCCUGAUCAAGUUCUUGAACUCAUGGAAUUUGGGGAAUCUCAUCGUCAUAUUGGGGAGACAAAUAUGAAUGUAUACAGCAGUAGGUCGCACACGAUAUUCCGCAUGAUUAUUGAGAGUAGAGAGAAAACUGAUGAUGCAGAAGCAGACUUGUCAUGUGAUGCAGUUCGUGUCUCUGUCUUGAACUUGGUGGAUCUUGCUGGUUCAGAGCGUGCUGCAAAGACUGGAGCAGAAGGCGUUCGCCUGAAAGAGGGCUCCCAUAUCAACAAAAGCCUAAUGACACUAGGAACUGUUAUAAAGAAACUAAGUGAAGGCACUGAGAGCCAAGGGGGUCAUGUCCCGUAUCGAGACAGCAAACUCACACGUAUUUUGCAACCUGCAUUGGGCGGGAAUGCAAAUACUGCUAUCAUAUGCAAUAUUACACUAGCACAGAUACAUGCUGAUGAGACUAAAAGCAGUCUUCAAUUUGCAAGCAGAGCAUUGCAAGUGACGAAUUGUGCUCAUGUAAAUGAGAUAUUGACUGAUGCUGCUUUGCUAAAGCGUCAGAAAAAGGAGAUUGAGGAACUGCGUGCUAAAUUACAGGGUUUACACUCUGAACAUCUAGAAGAGGAAAUCUUGAAUCUGCGGAAUACAUUGCUAAAGAGUGAGUUGGAAAGAGAGAGAAUGGCCUUAGAGCUGGAAGAGGAAAAGAAAGCUCAGGCUGAAAGGGAGAAGAGGUUGCAAGAACAGGCCAAGAAAAUAGAGAACUUGAGUUCAAUGGUAUUCUGCACUAAUAGGGAUGAGAUCCGUGAAGUCAACAAGAAGGGAAAACGGCGUGAUACGUGGUGCCCCGGAAAGCUUGCUAGUGAGAAUAUAAAGGAGUUGCACUCUACAGUCAAAGAGAUGCCUUCCGUUGUGAAGUCAACAAGAGCAAAUUGCAGAGCUGGGCCUCUUCUUCCCUUUGAAGAGUUAGUUAAUGAAGUAAGCAUGGUUGACUCUAGCAAGCAGGAAGCAGAUUGUGAGAAAAAUGUGUCGGAAGAUUGCACCCUUCCUGAUCCACGGGCUUUGCUGCAUGUUACCAGCAGGAGAAAGGCUCCAUCCAGAAAGAGAAGUUUACAAAUGGAGAAUAAUGAAUUGGCAGAAUUGCAAACAGAAUAUGAAAAUUUGCUGUUAAAGUUUGAAACUCAUUUCACAGUAUUGUUGAUGCAAGUGCAGGAUCUGAGGCCUUCAGUUUCUGAGAGUUUAUUUCAAAUAAAAUCAAUAAUGACGAGUCAUGAGAAGUUACAGUCUUGCUUGAGGAACAAAGUUAGAGAGCUCGACGAUGAGAAGCUUCUUCUUUUCAAUCAAGCUUCAGAUCUUCGGAGCCAGAUAGAAGAAUUAAGUUUAAAGGUUCAAACUUCUGUGAGUGCAUUUGCUGAGCUUAGCACGGAACAUGAAAUGCAAACUUCUGAUUUCCUUUCUCAAAUUCGAAUUCUCCAAGAGGAAAUUUUAUCGUUAUCAUCUUGUUCCUUGGCUAAGGAAAAGGAAAGUUUGCGGAAAGAUUUGGAGAAAACAAAAGCAAAGUUGAAAGAUACAGAAUUCAAGCUCAAGAAUGCUGUUCAGGAGAAAACAAAGCUGGAGGGUGAAAAGGCACGUGCUGAGAGAGAAGUUAAACUCUUGUUUGGCCAGAAGGCUGUGCUUGAACGUGAUAUGAGCAAACGUGAUUCUGUUGUUGGUAGGAGGCGUGAUUCCGUUAUUGAUAGGAGCUCUAAUGCUUUUGAACAUAAACGAAAUAAGGGGCUUAGUAUGUUGGCUGAACAAGCAAUGCAGGAGGAUUACAAGAGGCUGGAAGUGCUUGCAUUCGAGAUGGAAGCCACUAUUGCAUCUUUGGAAGAGCAACUAUCAAUAGCACAUGGGGACAAGGAUGUAGCCACUUCGAGAUCUGAAACUUUGGCUUCUGAUUUGAAAGAGUUGUCUGACGAGUUGUAUGAUACAAAGUCAAAAUUAAGUACCUUGAAGGAAGAGGUUUCAGCCCUUAGUACAACUUUGGACGAAUCUGAAUUGCAGAGGCAGAAAGUAGAAAGCUCUCUUACCUCUUUGAUUGAAGAAAAAGAAGAGUUGUCAAUGCAACUUGCUGAAGCCCUUUUGACAAUGGAGGAGGAGAAGGCAUUAUGGUCAUCAAAGGAGAAAGCUUCAGUUAAAGCCAUUGAAGAAAAAACAAAAUCAUAUCAUUCUGAGAUUGCCUUGUUAUCGAAAGAAUUGUCAGAGGUAAAGGAUGCACUGGAGAUUUGUAGAAAAGAAUGCAAGGAUCUUAGUGUACGGCUGACCAUUUCUGAGGAAAAUGCGAUUUUCGAGAACCAGUGCAGUUCUGAGAAAUCAUCAGAGAUUGACCACCUAAGAAAUGAACUAAGGGUUGCUGAUGAAAUUAGCAAAAUGUCACAAGAGAACUUAAAGUAUAAGGAAACAGUCGAGGAAGUUGAAAAGCUUCAGAUGGAAUUGAGCGUUUUUAAAGAAGAAAGAGAAUAUCUUUUAGGCCGGGUACGGGAACUGGAUGCAAGAGAAAUUCUGACGGAUGAACACCAGCUAUUGAAGUUAAAGUGUGAACUGGAGGAGCAGAGUGGAAAACUUGCUAAUUUGGAGGUCAAGAUGCACAAUGAUCAAAUUAAUUAUAACAAGGAGAAGGCCAAACUCAGAAUGAGACUCAAAGGAGCACAAACAAAAUUAGACACAUUUCGUGUUAGAUACAAGGAGUCAGUGGACGAGUUGGAUUACAUGAAUAGGAAAUACGAUGAAGCUUCAACUGUACUGAAGAAACAAUUAGCUUCGUACGGUAUUGAAGUUCUAAAUCUCAAGAAACAACUAGCAGCUGUAAAGGGGCCGUGAAAUUUCAGGUCUGUCUUUUUGUACAUCAUCGUCCCUUUUGCAGAUUAGGACAUGUUUGGUUAGGUAGAUUAAAUUGCAAUUGACAAAAUUAAAAAAAUAAAAUUGUACAAUCAUGUCUAAUAUUGUGUAUUAAACGUUGCGUCUAUAUGUUAUUAUGUAUACAGCAGCAGAUAAAUUCUAGCGUUCUAAACAUGAAGCCACAUAAUUAUGGCAA